AUGACAAACUCAAAAUUCGUAUUCAAGCAAACCAAGGAUGUAUCCAAAUUAAAAGAAUUAUUCACUUUAUGUGGAACUCAAUGGGGUGGCCCAUUAACACCGGAAGAAUUUGGUGUUACACUGGCGAAAUCAAUAGAAGAGUUCUUGAACUCAAAAGGUGGUACUGUAGUUGGUUUUUACUUGGAAGAUUCAACAAAUGAGAAUUUAAUAGUUGCAUGUACUAUAAUCAGGCAUCAAAAAGCAUUGUACAAACUUGCAGAUAGAUCAAGUAUAAUAUCAUCAACUCCAGAUCCUACGUUGUUUGGAGUCAAGAAUAUUACUGCAUUAUUAGUGAGCUUUGUUUUCACUCAUGAAAAAUACAGAAAACAAGGAUUAGCUGAAUCAUGUAUUUCACAAGCAAUUGAAUCCACUGAACAGACUAUAAUUGAUGAAAAAUUAGAAAAUAGUGUCGAAUCUCAAAUAGACAAUUUCAAAAAAAUGACAAUUAACGAUUACAAUGGUGGUGUUGAUAGGCAAUUAGCAAAUUAUUACUUAGGAAAAGAAUAUGUUUGGUUUUUGUAUUCAGGAGUUGAUACAUACUAUGAAAGGUUUGGUUUUAAACCUUAUCCUAUGGAUUUUUAUCAAAUACCAACGCCAAUGUUAACAAACGGUCAAGAAUUACUUUUAGAGACCUUAAUUGAAGAAUCAGAAAAGGAUCAACAAACCCAAUUAGAUACCAAAUCAAGAGCUGUGGGUAAAAGAAUAAAAUUAUUGAGAUGGGAUAACAAACAAGAUCAAGACAUUAUUGAGUUCAUAUAUCAGACCAAGGAAUUGGAGAUUUUAGCUGAAUUAAACAAGUUGACAUUUCACAGUGAUUUGCAAAGUGAUCACAAAUCAGCUACCUCUUUAACUGGAUUAACUAGCAUUUUGUCAAUGACAAAACAACAUGGUUCAAGUGGCGGAUUAUCCUCAAUAGCAGAAAAAUCACUCCAUCCUCAAUCUGGAAUAAAUAAUGCAACAGAUGGAUCUAGAAGGAAAUCAUCAGCUAUGAAUGAAACAAUCCCGAAGUUUUCAAUAAAACCAUCAUAUGCAGAUUUCAGAAGCAAAGCUGUGAUGGAGCAAGGAUUUGCAAAGACCAAGGAAAGCUUGGAAUUUUCAAAGAUUGAAGGAGCAAUACUCACAAACGAUUUACAAAACAGGUCAUAUUACAUAUUGUGGAACUCUUUGAAGGGAGAGUUUUUCAUUACUGGUAUGGGAGAAAUAUCUUAUGAAAGUUUGUUACCAAGUACAAAUCAACAUCGUAGAGGUUCAUCAUUUACUGGUUUGAACGAGUUAGGUGGAUAUAACUUCCAAGAUUUGGAUAUUUUGGUUGGCGCAGCUAUUUAUAAUGCUAAAAAGAGAAGUUCAAAAUUUAAAAACGUAUACGUAUCAACAACCGAUUUACCAAAUGAAAUUCCAGAUCCUGUAAUGUAUGAUUUUUUCAUAAAUUAUUUCCCAUUUUCAACAUUUGCUGAUGAAGAACAUCAUGAGGCAAAGAAAGAGCAAAGGGCAAAAGGUGAAGAAAAAGAUAAAAUUAGCUUAAUUGUUAAUGGAUCUAAAGAAGUAGGUGUCUUACCAAUGGUAAAAAAAUUUGGAUCAAAAAAACUAGAUUUCGAGUUGAAUUGGCUAGAUAAUGGUAUGUGGUGUUGGGGAUGA